AUGAGUCAUGCUGCGAACUUGCCCACAGAUAAGUACUACGAGAGCAGCAGCAGCAGCGACGAGGCGAUCAUUGAUGAUGAUGAGGCUCGCAAAGUCCUCGAUUAUGAUGCAGACAAUUCUCCUUACCCAGAAGUGCGCGCUGUUGUGCCCACCAAAGAUGAUCCAGCUACGCCUACUAAUACAGUGCGCAUGUGGGUCAUUGGUCUUUUGUUCACAAUCAUUGGAAGUGUUUUGAAUCAAUUGUUCAGUCUGCGCCAACCUAGUGUCACCAUCUCCGCAUUUGUCGGUCAAUUGCUCGCAUAUCCUGUCGGUGUCGCCUGGGCUCGUGUGAUGCCCAUCGGUAUUCUAAAUCCCGAUCGUCACUUCAAUGUCAAAGAGCAUGCCCUCAUCACCAUCAUGGCCAAUGUCUCAUUCGGAUCUGCAUCAGCCACUCAGGUCAUCGAAGCAAUGGUCAAAUUCUACAAUCUCGGAAACAACCCCGGAUUCGGUAUCUUAUUCACAAUUGCAACUCAACUUUUUGGUUUUGGUCUUGCGGGUUUGUUUCAACGAUGGCUCGUUCAACCUGCUGCCAUGAUCUGGCCCAGUGUGCUAUCCAACUCUGCGCUCUUGGUAGCGCUUCAUUCCCGCACAAACGCUCUCGCGGAUGGCUGGACUAUAUCUCGCCGGAAAUUCUUCCUUAUCGUGUUUAGCAUUGGGUUUGCUUGGUAUUUCCUGCCUGGAUUUUUGUUCAAAGCUUUGAGUUAUUUCAGCUUUAUCUGUUGGAUUGUGCCCCAUAAUGUCGUGGUCAACCAGCUCUUUGGGCAGGUGAGCGGGUUGGGAAUGUCUGUUUUGACAUUUGACUGGGCUCAGGUUGUUUAUGCAAAUGCCAAUCCCCUAUUGACCCCUUUCUGGGCUGGGGUCAACGUUAUCUUUGGUUUCGUGUUUUUCUACUGGUUGAUUUGUCCCAUCAUCUACUACACCAACACUUGGUAUUCUGCUUAUCUGCCCAUGAUGAGCUCCAAUACAUUCGACAACACCGGAAAACCAUACAACACAUCCAGAAUCAUGAAUCACGACGCCACUGUCAAUGUCGAGAAAUACGAAAAUUAUUCGCCCAUGUUCCUUCCUGCAGGUUAUGCCCUCACUUAUGGUAUCGCCUUUGCCAACCUGACUGGAAUAUUUGUUCAUAUUGCCCUCUACCACGGCAAGGAAAUAUGGGGUAUUUGGAAAGGCAAAGGCAAGAAGGAUAUCCAUGCUCGUAUCAACGAGACAUAUCGACAGGUGCCUUGGUGGUGGUUCGCUUCUAUUACUCUGCUAAUGUGGGUGUUGAGUAUUAUUGUUAACGAAGUCUGGCACACUGGUCUUCCUGUUUGGGCUGUUCUUUUGGGUUUCUUGUUGCCUCUUGUCUAUUUCUUACCCAUCGGGAUUAUCAAAGCCUUGACCAACAUAAGCACCAAUGAAAUCAACCUCAUUACAGAGUUUAUUGGUGGUUAUGCUUUCUUGGGCUCACCUAUCGCCAACAUGUCUUUCAAAUUUCUUGGCUAUGCCGGCGUUGCGCAGGGGUUAGAGUUCAUUGCUGAUCAAAAACUCGGCCAUUACUUCCACAUUCCUCCUCGAACAGUCUUCUUCGCCCAAGGAAUCGCCACUUUAGUCGGAGCUCUAGUCCAAUCCGGCCUCACAAUCGGUGUCCUCGAGGGCGUUGAAAAUGUCUGCACCCCCAAACAAUCCGGCGGAUACACCUGUCCUCAUGGAACCGUUACAUACUCUUCCUCACUCAUCUGGGGCGCUCUAGGACCUGGCCGUAGCUACUCCCCUCAUCAGAUAUAUGGCAAUUUGCUCUGGUUCUUCCUCGUCGGCCCCCUAGCUGUCAUUUUGACGUGGACCUUAGGCCGGAAAUGGAAAUUUUUCAACUACAUUGCUUGGCCUGUAGUGUUUGGCGGUAUGAGUCUUGUGCCGCCUGCGACUGGUAUUAAUUUUUCGUCGUGGUUUGCAUUUAAUGCUAUUUUCAAUGGCUUUGUUAAACGUCGUAAGGGGGCUUGGUGGUCUAAAUAUAAUUAUAUCCUCGCAUCAGCACUCGACUGCGGCGUCGCUGUCUCAACAGUCAUUAUAUUUCUCUGCAUCAUCCUCCCCGGCGGAAAGUUGGACUGGUGGGGAAACGCUGUAUAUGCAAAAACGGCCGAUGGACUCGGUACGCCAUGGAAAAAGUUGGCUCAUGGUGAAACUUUUGGGCCGUCAACAUGGCAUUAAUGUUUUGCAUGUUGAAA